AUGGGUUCUGUUCUCAUCAACAAAAGAGCAUGUGGAAUGUGCUCAUACAAACAGAGUUGUGGUUACGGCGGCAUUAAGAAAUGCAACCUUAGUCCAUUUGAGAUACGUGGUGGACGGCCACUUAUCCCAUUUUAUGUAUCUGAACGGAUCUGCAAGCAAAAGGAUCUUUUAGGCGUAGAUCAAAUGGAUAGUUGUCAACUGAAUGGUGAAGAAUGUAAAUUAUGGCCAAGUGAUGAAGUAGAUCUCAGUCAAGUUGAACCAGUUUUCCAAAAACAAAUACGAUCAUUGAAGUGGAUAAAUAGAUUGAAGAGACGUAAACAUGAGAAAGUAUGUCGCUGUUGUUGUUUUCCAUUCCGACCGAACCCUAAAACUUAUCGAUGUGAACAUAUUCCGAACGCUCCAAUAGCACCAGGAUUAGAAAUGAAAUGA